CAUAUUUAGUUAGCAGUCGAACGUUGCGCUUCGCGGUUGCAUAUUCGCUUCAAUAGCAAUUUUCUUAUUUUCAUACUUUGCUUGGGUGCUUAUUUUAAUACAUCAUACAAAAAAAAAAAAAAACAGUAAACAGAAAAACAAAUCAGCUUAAAAAAGCCAAAAGAAGUAGAAGGCGCAGUUAAAGAAAAAAAAACAUCGUUCGGCGAAGCUUGUGCAUGAUCGUAUGUGCACACCAUUAUACCCUGGGCUAAAUACAUACAAUGUACAUAUAAAAAAGCCAGACGUUUGGUCGUGAUCGACGCUUGCGCGCCUGCGCAAUCUCACAUUCAACAACUGAAUACUCACGUUCACACAACAAGCAAAAUAAAAAAAAGCACAAACUUUCGGUCUCAAGCGCGCUGAAUACAUCUGAACGCCACAGAAACAGUCAGCGUCUGCUCGCGUAAGCACGCAUGCGCCGCAAUACUUUCGCUUUUUGCAUAUCGUCCAUUGGCUUUGCCAGUCGUCAAUCGGUUUUUUUUUUUAAAUAGUCUGUGCGCGCUUCAACUUCACGCAGCGUUUUAAAUAUAAAUUAUCCUACCGCAGCGUAUCCUUUGAACGUUCAAUAGCCGUAUCUUUUGUGUAUGUGUGCGCGCGCGCCUUUUUUCUAUUUGUGCGUGUACUAAAAUCGCAUGCAAUUAUUCGUAAACUUUCAGUUUUGUGUUUCGCGAUUAUGCCACAGCCUGCGUAAUGCUGAUUGGCGAACGGAACACCUACAAAUCCUACAUUAUCGGUUAUAAUCUUUUUGGCAAGACGUUGAACACGCGCACUAGCGCUUAGCGUAGUUUUUGGAAAUUCAUUCGAAUUCUAAGCCAAAAAAAAUAUUGUUCGUAAAAAUUUUAAGUUAAGCUGUGUUGCUGCGACCAACAACGUUUCAUUCCUCGUUUAGUUCGUUAAUGAAUAAGAAUAAAAUUCACAAAGUGCCAAAUAUUUAAGCAUUUUAAUUAUAAAAGAAAUAUUUAUCUACUAAAAUAAAGAGCAAAACAACGAAUAUUUUAAUUUAUUUAACAAUUUAAUAUUUAAGUAAAACUCUAUAAGCAACCACCUACGUUUAAGAGCAAACACAUUCUGUACCUUAAUAUAAUAAAUAUCCUGUGUGACGACGAGUGCGGUGCGUUAAAUUUUUUUUUUUUGGAAAAGGACAUAAAAUCCUUGAGAGAGAGAGAGAGCGAAAAACGUGAAUUUAAAAAUGGGAAAACAACGCCUUGGCAUUGGAUUAUUAUUGUGCUGCCUCCUUGCUGUGGCACACGCACUACGCACCCCAGAUGACCUGCAAGCCAAUGCUCAGACCGCACUUCGUCUCGAGCGUGCACGCUCAUUGCAACCUUGCAAUCAAACAGAUACCGAAAUCUGCCCACCGAGCAAGUAUCGCCAACCGACCGGCGAAUGUAAUAACGUCUCGCAUCGUAAAUGGGGUGCACGCGGUGACGUACUGCUGCGUCUCAUCACGCCCGACUAUGCUGAUGGCAUCAGCCAACCGCGCACAUCGCAUGGCACUCACGCGCUACCCGAUGCGAGCAGCAUUAUCGAUCAGCUGCAAAAUCAUGUCGACGCCGAACUGCGGCAUCAGCACAUCACUGCUAUGCUGCCCGCAUGGGGACAAUUCCUCGCCAAUGACUUGUACGAAGUGAGUCAGGUGUCGACAAGCGCAAAGUGUUGCAAUGAAAAUGCCAACGCUAAGAAUCCGGAAGAGCUAGAGCAAUGCUAUGUGCGACGUGGCGUCGAUUGCAAGGAGUACAAGCGCUCAGCGCCUGGCUAUGAUGCGGAAGCGUGCGGAAAGCGUCAACGCGAGCAAAUGAAUGUAGCCUCCUCGUAUAUCGAUGGUUCUGGUCUGUAUGGCGCUACCGCCAGGGAUAUGCAGGACUUGCGCACCUACAUUAGUGGUGGCGUCAAAGUUGGUUCAUGCAAAUAUUGUCAGCUGACCAGCGCUACUGGGGCACUGCAUCGUGCUCUGCUGCAGGAACACAACAAUAUUGGCGAGCAGUUGGCACAUUUAAACGCCGAUUGGUCGGAAGAGGAUGUCUUCUUAGAGGCGCGACGCAUUGUGACUGCACAAAUUCAGCAUAUUACCUACAGUGAAUUCUUGCCGUUGGUUUUGGGUCAGGAGACAACUGCCAAAGAUGGCUUGAAACUCACUGCCGAAAAGCACUCAUCGAACUACUCGAGCACCAAUCAUGCGGGCGUUUAUAAUGAAGUCGCAAAUAGCGCCUUCCCCGCUUUCCUCACCAUGUAUCCACCAGAGAUGAUCUCGCAUUCCAUGUCCGCCACUCAGUUGCUUUCAGUGGCUGCGCUGCAGAAGUCUCUUAUCCCCGCGAUCAAGAAUGAGGACGGUUGGACCGAAGUCGCUUUAGCCAUACACCGUGGUCGUGAUCAUGGCAUUCCUUCCUACCGCCAUGCUUUGGAUUUGUGCCAGGAACAAUACUCAGAAUCGGACUCGGCGAAUAUUACCUUCGAAACGUUGGCUAAAAUUUCGAAUAUUCCAGAGGAGCACAUCACCAGUUUGCGAGACAUCUACCAAAGCGCCGAUGAUGUGGAUUUGUUGGUGGGCGCUCUGCUCGAGGACCCCGCCGUUGGCGCGCUCUUCGGUCCCACCAUUACCUGUCUGCUUACACGUCAAUUCGAGCUGUUGAAGAAGUCUGAUCGUUUCUGGUAUGAAAACGAUAUUCCUCCUUCAUCAUUUACUUUGGAACAGCUGAAAAGCAUCAGACAAACUACGCUUGCUGGCCUACUCUGCACCUCAAAUCAGGUGGAGAAGGUACAAUCGAAGGCUUUCAUACGCGAAGAUAACUUCUUAAACUCCGUACUCGACUGCGACCAAAUCGCCACAUUAGAUCUGCGUCCAUGGCGAUCAAGUACCGAAGUAGAUGAGAUGCAUGAACACGUCGAAAUGGAGCCUGAAGUGAAAGAGGCAAUCAGCGAAAUCAAUAUUGAACUUUUGGAAGCUGCCGUAGAACGCGCAAAGGUAGAACUAGAGGAACGCAAACGUUUCGAAUAUGAGUCCUGGCUAGCGAAUGGCGGCAUCAGCGCCAGGUCACCCGAUGGUGUGGCCGCCUCCUUCAGCAAGGCUAACCGCAAUGCGCUCGCGCUCGCUAACUCUUCGCUCAUGUUCGAAUUGACUUCGAAUGAAAUUUUGAAUACACUCAACUCCAUUAAUCGUCGCAAACGUCAAACUUUUGACAGCAACUUCAAUCGCAAUGAACUUUCAGAAACUCUACAAACAAUCGACAUUAAUGCUAUACUUGGCGGCACCACCCAGCAAGUCAGCAGCGAUUGCGAUGAUCCACCAAUUUCGUGCGAUACCUCUUCACCCUUCCGCAGCGUCACCGGUUACUGUAAUAAUUUACGCAACCCGAACUGGGGCAAGUCGUUGACCACAUUCUCGCGUCUGCUGCCCUCCCAAUAUGACGAUGGCAUCUCCAAGGUACGUCUACUCUCGGUCACCGGUAGCCUGCUGCCGAAUCCACGCGCCAUCUCGACUGUCAUUCAUCCGGAUAUCUCCAACUUGCACACGCGCUACUCCCUCAUGGUCAUGCAGUUUGCUCAAAUCCUCGAUCACGAUCUUACAAUGACUCCCAUCCAUAAGGGUUUCCAUGAAUCCAUACCCAGCUGUCGUCCUUGCAAUUCACCACAAACUGUGCAUCCUGAGUGCAAUCCAUUCCCGGUGCCACCGGGCGAUUACUUCUUCCCCGAAGUGAAUGUGACGAGCGGUGAACGUUUCUGCUUCCCGUCGAUGAGAUCGCUGCCCGGUCAAUUGGCUUUGGGUCCACGUGAGCAGGUCAAUCAGAAUACGCACUUCUUGGAUGCCUCUAUGGUCUAUGGUGAGAACCAUUGUGUGGUUAAUAAGCUGCGUGGUUUCGGCGGUCGCUUGAACUCCACCAUCCGUUCGUUUGGCAAGGAAUUGCUGCCCCAAUCCAAUUCGCAUCCCGAGUGCAAAUCGCGCAAUGGUCUCUGUUAUAUUGCUGGUGAUGAACGCGCUUCCGAACAGCCAGGUCUCACUGCUCUCCAUACCAUAUUCAUGCGUGAACACAACCGCAUUGUCGAAGGACUACGUGGCGUGAAUCCACACUGGAAUAGCGAUCAAUUGUUCUUCCACGCGCGUCGCAUACUCACCGCCGAGUGGCAGCAUAUGGUGUUCAAUGAAUUCUUGCCCCGCGUGCUCAGUUGGAACGCUGUGAAUUUGUAUGGCUUGAAAUUACUGCCUCAAGGCUACUACAAGGACUACAAUCCCUCAUGCAGUCCGAUUAUUUUCAAUGAAUUCGCUGCUGCCGCCUUCCGUAUUGGCCAUUCACUGCUGCGUCCACACAUACCACGCUUGAGUGUGAACCACCAACCUGUCGACCCACCACUGCUGUUGCGCGAUGGUUUCUUCCGCAUGGAUGCUAUCCUGCAGCCCGGCAUCAUUGACGAAAUUUCGCGUGGUCUAGUCGCCACUCCCAUGGAAACUUUGGAUCAGUUCAUUACCGGCGAAGUUACUAAUCACUUGUUCGAAGACCGCAAGAUUCCCUUCUCCGGCAUUGAUCUUAUCGCGCUCAAUAUUCAGAGAGCACGUGAUCAUGGCAUUCCCAGCUACAACAACUAUCGCGCUCUUUGCAAUCUGAAACGUGCCGCUACCUGGAGCGAUCUUAGCCGCGAAAUGCCAAAUGAAGUUAUUAAUCGUUUCAAGAAAAUCUAUGCUUCCGUCGAUGAUAUUGAUCUCUUCCCUGGCGCUAUGACCGAACGUCCGUUGCAAGGUGGUUUGGUUGGUCCUACAUUGGCUUGCAUUAUUGGCAUACAAUUCCGCCAACUGCGCAAGUGUGAUCGUUUCUGGUAUGAAAACGCUAAUUCUGAAGUACGUUUCACCGAGGCACAACUUGCUGAAAUUCGUAAGGUGACAUUGGCGAAAUUCAUUUGCGAAAACUUGGAGAUUCCUGGCGAUAUGCAACGUGCUGCUCUCGAUCUGCCCAGUAACUUCCUCAAUCCACGUGUGCCCUGCUCUUCCAUGCCGCAAAUCGAUCUAAGUCUGUGGCGUGAAAAUGUGCAAGGCUGUCAGAUAGGCAAUAGACAUGUGCGCGUUGGUGAAUCCGCAUUCCCAUCACCCUGUACCAGCUGUGUGUGCUCAGCCGAAGGCCCACAAUGCGCCUCGCUACGCAUUACCGAUUGCGGCCAACUGAUUCGUCAAUGGCCCAAAGACGCCAUUCUACGUGAUGAAGUAUGCAACUCACAGUGUGGCAUCUAUUUGAAUGGCAACGGCAAUGGCGGCAACUUUGCGCAGGCGCGUCAAGCCUCAGUACAAGCACCGGUGCGUGUGCAACGUUCACGACCACAAAAUAUUUUCAAAUUCCCCGAUUUGACACCGUUCAUAGCGUCUUUGUAGAUGCGCGGCAGAAGAUGAUAUCAGCAAGGAAACCUACAUAUACAUACAUACAUACAUACUAUAUAGAGGAAGUAGCAGAAAAUGUCAGAAAGUCAAACACUUUUUGAUAGACGCUAUUUAGUGUAUUAAGUUAAGAUAAAAUAAAGUAAAAAAACACAGAAAUUUUGCA